CUUUGAGUAUCUUGAAAAACGCUAUUUUAAUCAGUAUUAUUAUUCAUAACAAGAAGAAUUUAGUUCGUCAUUCUGGUGAAGUCUCCAAGCUCCGCCUCCAGCUGCAGGUACAGUCUACCUGCACAACCUGAAGCCGUCAAAUCGAAACCAACAAUACGUCGCUGGUACGUUGUGAGGUUGAGGUGAAAUUAUCAGACAGAAACGAUGAAACUGGUCGAUCUCCUGUGUCUCCUGAUGAUCACUGGAUCGAUCACAUGUGAAGAUAAAGGUUUCAUCAGAGUGGUGGUGAGAGUCGGUGAAGACGUGGUUUUACCGUGUUCCCUCGGCCCUGAGAACAUUGAACCUGCUUUGUUUGACUGGAUAAAAGGUCAACAGGAAAUGUUUCUGUACAACAACGGCACUUAUCAGAGUGGAGACUCACAGUUCCAAGGACGAGUGUCUCAUUUUCCAGACAAACUGAAAAAUGGCAACGCCUCCAUCACCAUCAGAAACAUAACACUGUCUGACAGUGGAUACUACUCCUGCUAUUUCCCACAUCUUCAGGAACAAAGAUUCUACAUUGAGCUUGUUGUUGCUGACAUUAAGAUCCAGGUGAAGGAAGAUGAUGAUGUCAUUCUGGACUGUUCCUUCAACACUACAAACAUUAAGAACGAGCCGUUUUCCUGGAAGAAAGAUGUGAAUCAAAACAAUGAGAAGGAUGUUUUCUUGUACUCUGGUGGAGACACAGAUCCAGGUCCAGAGUUCAAAGAUCGGGUUUUUCAUUUUCCCGACCAGCUCCAGUUCGGUAACGCCUCCAUAAAGAUCACAAAAGCAAAAACAUCAGACAGUGGAACCUACACGUGUUAUCACGCAACCGUUCAGAAAGAAAUAAAAUCGACCAUCAGUCUGACUGUUGAUCCUGUCUUAAAACCCAGACCAGAGAUAGAAGGUGCCUCUCCAAAGCCACGUAUUGAAUCAGUUACUGUGACUAACAACCAGAUACAGUUGCAGUGUGAAGUUCUGGGAGCUUUUCCAAAACCUGAAGUUGUCUGGAAGGACAGUGAUGGAAAGAUUCUUCCUGCUGAUGAACCAAAGGUCACAGAAAGAGAAGGAAACAAAUACGACACCGUCCUCAAUGUUACUGUGACCAAGACUGAUCGUUACACCUGUGAGGCCACACAGAAGGAAAUCUACCAUCAGAUUAAUAGUUCAAUCGCUGUGACUUUGAAUGGUGCAGUUUCAAAACCGUAUAUCAGUAUAGUUGAAGAAACAAAAGGUGGAGUUUUGCUUCAGUGUGAAGUUUUUGGAGCUUCUCCAGAACUCAAAGUAUCCUGGAAGAACAAAGCUGGACACGAUGUUCCUUCUAAAGAACCACAGAAGACAGAAAACUCCAUUAUUCUCCAAACUACUGUGACAAAGACCGACUACUAUCGCUGUGUGACCACAGAGGGGAAGAAGGACGAUGAACUUUAUUCUGAGUUCCUUGUGCCGGUUCCUGAUGGUUCAUGGACAAAGUUGCUGAUUGGAAUUGUGAUUGGAGUUGUUCUUACAGUUGCUGUUGGAGUCAUUGCAUGGCGUUGCUGCAAAAUGCGAGCUGGAGAGAGACUUCGCGCUAUCUUCUCAUGGAAGGCUAAGCAACCUGUCAUGCCAGGGGGAUGUGACUGCAGGGAUUCAUCCCUUCAUCCAUCACAUGACCGAGAGAGACGUGACAGUGGAGAUUCAUCCUCUGAUUCAUCACAUGACUUAGCAGAGAGACGUGACAGUGGCGUUUCAUCCCAUCUUUCAUCAUAUUAGCCAGGAUUACUACGGCAGCACAGAGAAGCAGACGACAGGAAUCAGUGUUACAGUCCAGUGCUGCUGCAGUUAUUUCAUGUACUGAUUAGAAAGAUUUUACAAAACGUGUUUUCAACUCUCACCAUGAUCUGUGCUGAAGACCUUCACUGUGUUCAGGCCAAAACACUCGGACUGCUUCUCAAAUUCCCUCAUCUCUUCAGCACUUAUGUUGAUUCUCCUGCCUGUUAAAGAGGUGACACAGUGGAGAUAAGAGCCUCCUGAUGGAAUAUCUGCAACAUUUAUCAGUUUAAAGUCAUCAUUGUACACAUGAAAUAGUUUUACUACUCACAAUAAAAGCCUGUUAGAGAAAGGAAAGCAGUAACAUUCCAUCUCAAAUCAUCCAAUAUUUAGAUAAAUUUCUGCUCAACCAUCGAAUAUAAAACAGAAUUAUUUAUCUCCACGUUAAACUCUGUCCUGUUGUGACUGAGCUGUUGGCUAAUAUAUUAGUUUUUGCCAUAAAUGCUUAAUCAUUUAUGAGAACUCAUAUAUUUAGGAAUUAUUAGAUCUACUGGAUUCUAGCUCAAUAACAUGAUGAGAAAUAACUGAAAAUUCCAGGCUUUUAUCUUUGUUGUUUUCUGAGAUGCUGUUGUUAAAACGUAGCCUUAAAUUUCAAUGUAAAAAAAAAGUGCUUUCCUUUUUUAAUCUUGGGACAUAUUUGAUAUAUCAAUGUCAGUUUUUACAGGUGCCAUUUUUACAACCCGUAGUCUAGAAUAAAAAGUUUCAAGACAAUCAGAGUCGGUUGACCUUCAUGAUAUGAAAUGAAAUGACCUCAUUAAUCUUAUUUUAUACUGGUGCUAUAGCUCCUCUGGUCUGUUCCAUCCUGUUGGUCCAAAUUAAAUUGCCUCAGCAUCUAUGAUUUGCUGUGAAUUUUGGACAGAUUUUCAUGGAUUAAUCGGACUGACUUUGUUGAUCCGUUAGGCGUCCAUCCACUGCCAUUCACAUGUUAAACAUGUCACCAAGACUGCCUUUUUUCAUCUACGUAAUAUUGCUAAAAUUAGGAACAUGUUGGCUCAGAGAGAUGCUGAGAAGCUUGUCCAUGCAUUUAUCACUUCUAGACUGGAUUAUUGUAACUCUCUAUUUUCAGGAUGUCCCAAUAACUCCUUGAAAAGCCUCCAGCUAGUCCAAAAUGCUGCAGCAUGUGUACUGACAAGAACUAGCAGAAGAGAUCAUGUUUCUCCCAUAUUGGCUUCUCUUCAUUGGCUCCCUGCAAAAUCCAGAGUUGAAUUCAAAAUUCUUCUUCUCACAUACAAAGCGCUUAAUGACCGAGCCAUUAAAAACCUGAUAACCCCAUACCAUCCCUGCAGAACGCUUCGUUCCCCGCAUUCUGGCUUAUUGGAGGUUCCUAGAAUUGGGAAAAAAAUAGAAUGGGAGGCAGAGCCUUCAGCUACCAGGCUCCUUUCUUGUGGAACCAGCUCCCACCUUCAGUUUGAGAGGUUGAUAACCGCUGUCUUUUUAAGACCAGGUUUAAAACCUUUUUAUUUAAGGCUUAAAAUCUUGUUUUUUUUAAAUCCUUUGUGUCUUCUAUUUCAUGUAUUACUGUAAUGCUCGGUGAUUCUAGGGAUUGUAUAGGAUUGGCAAAACAAGCUUCGGCUUCUGCCUAUUCCUCUUUCGGUUACAGAACGUGUAAAAAAUUCUUAUUGUAUAUACAGAUAUAUAUUUAUAUUUUUCUGGAGGUUUUGUUUUUUUUGUUUAUUUCUUUUCUUUUUUCAUCUUUUUUGAGAGGAGUAGGGGAUGAGGAAAGAGUAAGAGAAGAAAAGGCGGGAAUGGAAAAAAAAUUGUUUGCUGUAAUUUUUGUAACCGAAAAAUAAACCAUUCAUUCAUAAACCAUUCAUUCAUUCAUGCUUAUACUUAGGUCUUUUAUUAUUUUGUUUUGUUUGUUCUUAAAUACUUUUUUCUUUUUAAACUGUUUAUUGUAUUGUUGUUUGUUGUUUUUAUUAUUGCAUUUCCUCCUUUUAUAUUUAUUCACUAUGAUAGCGAUGUUUUAGUUGAUUUUAACGUUUGUAUUUUAUGAUUGUGAAGCCCUGUGAGGUGCAUUCUUGUAUAAACGGUGCUUUAUAAAUAAAGUUAUUAUUAUUAUUAUUAUUAUUAUUAUUAUCAUCAGCAGCAACCAGUCAAAGGUUUGGAUUCUAACAGCUGUCAAAUAGGGCUGUUAGCUGUGGACCAAGCUGACUUCUGCACAACACAACUGAUGGUCCCAACCUCACUAAGAAGGCAAGAAACUCCACUAAUGAACCUUGACAGGCAUACCUGUGAAGUGAAAACAUUUCAUGUUCUACCUCAUGAAGCUCAUGGGGAAAAUGCCAAGAGUGUGGAAAGCAAAGGGUGGCUACUUUGAAAAAUCUAAAAUAAAGAACAUGUUUUGACUUA